AGCACCAGACAGGGUUGUGUGAGGGAUGUCAAGAAGAGGAGACAGUGGAGCACAUAAUUAUGAGGUGUAGGAGAUAUGAAAUGCAGAGGCAGGUGAUGAAGAAUAAGUUGAGGCAGAUUGGGGUGCAAGAGAUUACAUUAAAAGGGUUAUUAAGAGCAGUAAAUGGGACACAGAAUAGAAUAUUGAUGACUUUUUUAAGGGAGGCGGGAGUUUUCAAUAGGAUUUAAUUGAUAAAUAAAGUUUGUUGUUUGUGUGAGUGUUUAUUUGAAGGGAAUUAAGGUUAUGUAAGUGUAGGAAAGAGAAUGGACAAUGAUGUUUUUGUAGUUAUAGUAUCUGAUCCACACUCCGGAGCAGAGGGGGCGGUAAUGCACCAAAAAGCUGGAUGCCAACCGCCGUUAAAUUGGAAAGAAGAAGAAGAAGAAUUAGUUCCUAUCGUCUCAUUCAUUCAGGCCGUGCUUAUGCUACUUGCAGGCUGUAUAGUCAGGUAUACGUGUGUUUGCUGUCAGUUUCCAACGUUUGUGUGGUCUUAGAACAACUGUAAACAUGCCCAAAAGAUCCAAGAAGAAUGAGGAAUCUGUGGACGGAGAGACUGACAAUGGAACUGCACCUACAAAGAAAGGGAAAAAGGGGAAAGAACCGGAGGCCCCAAUUCUGUAUGAAGAUUCCCCAGAUAAGAUGACCAGUAAUGAUGGCCGUGCGGCCAACAUGAAGAUCACCUCCUGGAAUGUGGAUGGCCUGCGUGCAUGGGUGAAAAAGAAUGGCCUUGAUUGGGUCCGUCAGGAGAAUCCAGAUGUGCUGUGUCUGCAGGAAACGAAGUGUGCUGAGAAAGCCCUGCCAGCUGAGAUCAAGGAUAUGCCCAAGUAUCCACACAAGUACUGGGCUACAUCAAAGGACAAGGAGGGUUACAGCGGGGUGGCGAUGCUGUGCAAGACUGAACCUCUCAAUGUCACCUAUGGUAUUGAUAAGGAGGAACAUGAUAAAGAGGGUCGGGUCAUCACUGCAGAGUUUCCAUCUUUCUUUCUGGUCACAGCUUAUGUGCCCAAUGCCAGUCGGGGUUUGGUAAGGCUUGAUUAUCGCAAGACCUGGGACGUAGAUUUCCGGGCCUACCUGAGCAGUUUGGACCAGCGCAAGCCCCUGGUGCUGUGCGGUGAUCUGAAUGUGGCCCACCAAGAGAUUGAUCUUAAAAACCCCAAGGGUAACCGCAAGAAUGCCGGCUUCACCCCUGAGGAACGAGAGGGCUUCACCCAGCUUCUCACGGCUGGGUUUAACGAUAGUUUCCGGGAGCUGUAUCCGGAACAAGCCAAUGCCUACACCUUCUGGACCUACAUGAUGAACUCUCGGGCCAAGAACGUGGGCUGGCGUUUGGACUACUUUGUGCUGUCGUCCGCCCUGCUGCCGGGCCUGUGUGACAGCAAGAUUCGAAACACUGCCAUGGGGAGUGACCAUUGCCCCAUCACCCUGUAUCUGGCUGUGUAGAUCAGGUUGCAUACAUUAUAUCAGGGUUCACAUGCACCCAAACUGUCCCUGUGUCACAGUUUGAGUUCUAGCCCUAGAUUAGCAUUUCCUUUCUGAAACAGUGGUCCAGAAUGGAUGCUCCGAUUAUAGCUAAAUGAUUUUGAAGCUUGUAAAGUACUUUCUCAUGCAAGAUACAAGACACAUUUGAGACACAUUGGUUUGCAUCAAGUUAUAUAGUUCUUUGGAUUUUGUCUUUGUCUUUUUAACUUUUGACAUUUACAAAACGUCCCACUUAUUACAAGUUAGUGGUAGUUCAUGUUUUAAGCAUGAAACAAGAUUUUCAAAAGACUACUUUAAAUUAUUAUUUAUUUUUUUCUGCUUUCUGUCUGUCUGUGAACAUUUGUAAGGUUUUGAA